UCCCUCAUAGAACUAAGACAACCAUGUCAAAGGUGCAGAAAAGUGUGGUGUCAGUAGAUCUUUUAUGCUCAAAGUGCAAGAAGAAAGUAAUGAAGUUAGUUGCAGGAGUAGAAGGGAUAAAUUCUAUAGCCCUGGACUCUACAAAAAGUACGGUGACAGUUGUUGGACCGGCUGAUCCUGUUGAUAUCAUUAAAAAGGUCAGAAAAUUCAAAAAAACCGCUGAGUUUGUUAGUAUAGGACCUUUUAAACCAGAAGAGAAGAAAGAUGAUUUGAAGAAGGAUGUUUGUCCAUAUCUUCCAAAGACAUGUCAGAGGUGUGAUGUUUGGUAUGUUGUUGGUGAAGAAUGGCACCAUCCUUGUUCAAUCCUAUAAACCAUGUCAGAUCUUUUCAAUGCUUUCUUCAAAAUUCCCAGACCACAUUUUCAAUGGAGCUGACAUCUCUAGCUCUUUGGGUAACUAGUUUCAUUCUAUGCAUAUCAUAUCUAGUACUUCAUUUCAUCUCAAGCUUUUCCGAAUGUACGCAGUAUGAUUUCCCUAGAUUUCAAUGUAACGAGUAUCUUUAUUUUUCAAACAAAUUUUAAUAAGGUCCAUCAUUGUUCUU